GUGUCCGACAGGAGGAAGUGAAUAAUGUUUACUUGUUCUUCGCUAGUUUUUAAAAAAAAAAAAAAAACUUUUUAAUAACGGCGUUUGGAACAACCUUUAAAUGUUCAGUGUGGAUCUGAGUUGGUGCUAAAAUGUCUCGAUUUAAAGAGCACAUUGAUAAAGUGAGUCGGGUUUAUGAGCGUUAUAAAGAGUAUGUGACAAAGAAUCCGAUUGCAACGGCCCAGGUGGAGAGCGCAGUUCGGACCAUCUCUUACCUAAUUGCAGGAAGAUUUGCCGAUUCCCAUGAGCUGUCUGAACUUGUCUAUUCUGCUUCCAAUCUCCUGGUGCUGUUUAAUGACAGCAUUCUGCGCAAAGGGCUCAAGUGUGCCCUAACUGUGUCCAUCUCAGAGCAGAGAAUCCUCACCUGGCUCUCGGUGUUGGAGUAUGUGGAGGUGUUCCUGGAGAUGGGCACCCAAAAGGUGUGCGGGGAAGUUGGCUGCUGGCUGGUCAUCGGACUCAUUCAAAUUUUUAAGGCAGUUUUUCGCCUUGUGCUUCUUUUGUGGUACAAAUCGGGCAUUCAGACUUCACCGCCCAUCAUCCCCCUUGACCGAGGUGCAGAAAUUGCUGCAGAAGAGGAUGGGAGUGUGGAGCAGCAGGACGACGCCUGCUUUGUAGGCCAGAGGUCAGGCCGUGUCAUCAGAUCCCUGCAUGGCGCAGCGUCCUCUGUGCCACCCCGGCAGUGGGGAGCAGCCAGUGAGAAGAAGAGGAGUCGAAACUUGAGGGAAGAGAAGCUCCACAGCAAACCGACACCUUUGAAGCUGCAAGAGACCGUCGCCGAGACUGUGUCCAUCAGUCGACCUCUUGUGCAUUUACUCAGCCUUGGACUGUGCGGAAAACAGUCUUGGAAGCCAUGGCUUAUCUCCGCAGGUCUGGAGCUUUCCAGCUUUGCCGUGCUCCAUGAGAGAAUAUUUGAUAACCGAUGGGAGAGGGAGGAGAUGAGGAGAAGAACCUUUCUUUUACUCUACUACCUUGUCCGUUCUCCAUUCUAUGACAGAUAUUCAGAGGAAAAGAUUCUUUUCCUGCUGCGACUUCUGGCCAAGCAUGUUCCUGGAAUAGGCCUGAUAGCGCGACCUCUCAUGGAUUACCUGCCCACCUGGCAGAAGAUCUACUUCUACAACUGGGGAUAAAGCAAAAAAACAGAUAGCCGUUGGAAGUAGACACGUUGCCACAACACAGAGUCCAUCUGUAAUAAAUAUUUAGUAACACUUUCCGCAGUUUGUCUACCCCCUCUCACUUCCCUCGAUGUGACUGCAGUUUUUAGUAUCUGUAGCAGAACACUCAUGAAGGUGCGUUACCACCAGGUGGAGACUGGUCAACUUUGUGGUGUUUGCAGCAAUGCAAAGAAUGUGUCCACAGGAAGCAACAUGACUGAGAAUCACGUAAAAAGUCUGAAAGAACUCUCAGCAAUUCCUUUGUCUCAAAGCUCACAUUCACAGACUGAUUUGAUAAUAGGGUGACAAGUUUGUAAUGGAGGCAGUUGACAGCAACCAGAAGGUGCGCAUCACUUGGCAAAGACCGGUGACGCUGCAAAAGCACUUUUGGAGCUGGUUUAACUAUCAAAAACUGCACAUUUACUCUAACCUUAAUUCAUACAGCGGACCUUUUGAAACAAAAUAAACUCAUUUUACUCGG